UUCUCUCUUAAACCCUAACCCCUAAAAGACUUACAACCACCGCGCCUCCGCCAUCGCCAUUACCAACGGCAACAUGGUCUCAGUCGCUAACGGUGGAGAAAAUCAGGCUGGUGUGGAGGCUCUUCAUCGUCUUGCAUCCACAGAGCCGGCGCUCUACUUAACUCAAUCGCCUGAGCUGUCCAAGUCGGCUCGUUUAGCCUCGGAGAGCUUAUUCGCUUUCCUUAAUCCUUAUGUUCCUAAACCUCUAUUGAGUCGUCUCUCAACGCAAGGCUUUGAUGCAGAACAGAUAUGGCAGCAAAUUGACCUCCAAGCCCAGCCCCUGCUCUCCUCCCUCCGCCGCCAAGUUAGGAAUUUCGAGAAGAAUCCAUCGGAAAUCGAAAAGCAAUUCAAUUUGGAUAGAGAUGGCGUAAAAGAAGAUGAUUUGCGUGUAGAUGGAAAAAUUAAAGAAAACGAUAGCAUAGAAAGUGAAAGUCAGGAUUUUGAUGAUGAUGAAGAUGAUGUUGAUGAGGACGAGGAGGAAGAUGAUGAAGAUGAAGAAGAAGGGAAUGAAGAUGAGGACGAGGAGGAAGAUGAUGAAGAUGAAGAAGAAGAAGAAGGGAAUGAAGAUGAGGAUGAGGAGGGAGAAAAUGUGAAGGGAGUAGAGGAUAAGUUUCUGAAGAUAAAGGAAUUGGAGGAGUAUUUGGUAGACGACGAGGAAAGGGAAUAUGGUCUAAAGAAGGAGAAGAAAAUUAAGAGGAAGAGAGGUCAAAUUGCAGAUGAGGACGAUGAAGAUGAAAAUGAAGAAGGUGAUGAAGACGAGGAUGAUGAGCUUGGACUUAUGGGGCUUGGAGAUGAUGGUGAUGAUGGGAGUGACAUGGAGAAUGCGAGGUAUGAUGACUUUUUUACUUCUCAAAAGAAAACCAGCCAGAAGAAAAGGCCUAAGUAUGAUGAUGAAUCGGAUGACAUGGAUAUGGAUGAACAUGAAAUUGAUGAUAGUGAUCAGAAUGAACAAAGUCAUCCGAUCCAAGGGAAAGAGCUAGGGCAACUCCGUGCUAAGGUUGAAGAGCUGGAAAAGGAAAAUUUGCAGGGCAAGACGAAACAAAGUCUUUCUACCCAUGAAAAAGAGCUAGAGAAACUUCGUGCUGAGAUAGAAGAAAUGGAGAGAGCGAACUUGGAACCAAAGACAUGGACAAUGCAGGGCGAGGUCAGUGCUGCUAAAAGACCAAAAAAUAGUGCUUUAGAGGUCGAUAUGGAUUUUGACCAAAAUGUGAGACCACCUCCAGUUACAACAGUGGAGGACACUGCAUCUCUUGAAGAAUUAAUUAUGAAACGUAUAACUGAGGGCCAAUUCGACGAUGUCCAGAGGCCACCUACGUUAUUAAACAAGGCACCAAAAGAGAGAAAAGAGAUGGAUGAAAAUAAGAGCAAAAAGGGUCUUGCUGAACUUUAUGAGGAUGAGUAUGCUCAGAAGACUGGCCUUGUCUCUACUGCAUUGUCUUUCUCAGAUGAACAAAAGAAAGAAGCAAGUAUGCUAUUCAAGACACUCUGUCUGAAGUUGGAUGCUCUAUCUCAUUUCCAUUUCUGUCCGAAACCGGUUAUUGAAGACAUGUCCAUACAAGCAAAUGUCCCUGCUCUGGCAAUGGAAGAGGUUGCACCACUGGCUGUGUCUGAUGCAGCUAUGCUAGCUCCUGAAGAAGUAUUUUCUGGCAAAGGUGACAUUAAAGAAGAAACUGAGCUAACAAAGGCAGAUAGAAAGAGGAGAAGGGCAAAGAAGAAAAGACAGUUUAAAGCUGAAUCUGUCAAACGGAUGGCAGUAAAGGCAGAGCUGAACACAUUGAAGAAACCCGAGAAUGUCGCAGGGAACGGGGAGUCAUGAAACAGUUCGAAUGAAACGUUUCCUGCCUUUAACCACUGUGGCCGUCUUCUUCUAUUCCUGGCACCUCAAUUAUUAUUCAAGUGGAAGAACAAAAAAGCUUCCAGUGAAGCUGAGGAUGAGACAAAGGAGAAUAUAUACGCUGAAUCUCAACUGCUGGUGCGUUGAUCUCCGCUUGGCAAAUAUGAGUUUUCUUAAACACACUCCUCCCAAUCCUCCAUUUUUGUCAAUUUAUACGCAAGAAAUCAUGGAGUUACGGUUGAUAUACAAGAAAUCUAAUGGAUUUUACUAA